UGGAGGCUGAGCAGACCCCAAAGGCGGUGCAAUUCCAUUGGCCCAAGGCAGAGCAAAGAACUUUCCUUCACUCGGGUGAAGACUCUCCUCGGAAGAUUUCCUGUCUCUGCCUAUGUUACAAGAGGAUUCAAAACCAAGACAGAAGAGCCCAGGAUGCAGAUGAGAGGCAGGGAAGUCAGCUGCUUGUUGAUCUCCCUCGCUGUCCUCUGCCUGGUGGUCACCCCUGGGAGCAAGGCCUGUCCUCGUCGCUGUGCCUGCUAUGUGCCCACAGAGGUGCACUGUACAUUUCGGUACCUGACCUCCAUCCCAGACGGCAUCCCAGCCAAUGUGGAACGAAUAAAUUUAGGAUAUAACAGCCUCACUAGAUUGACAGAAAAUGACUUCCAUGGCCUGAGCAAACUGGAGUUACUCAUGCUGCACAGUAAUGGCAUUCACAGAGUCAAUGACAAGACCUUCUCAGGCUUGCAGUCCUUACAGGUCUUAAAAAUGAGCUAUAACAAAGUUCAAAUCAUUCAGAAGGAUACUUUUUAUGGACUCCGGAGCUUGACCAGGUUGCACAUGGAUCACAACAACAUCGAGUUUAUCAACCCUGCGGCUUUUUACGGACUCACCUUGCUCCGCUUGGUACAUUUAGAAGGAAACCGGCUCACAAAGCUCCAUCCAGACACAUUUGUCUCAUUGAGCUAUCUCCAGAUAUUUAAAACCUCUUUCAUUAAGUACCUAUAUUUGUCUGAUAACUUCCUGACCUCCCUCCCAAAAGAAAUGGUCUCCUAUAUGCCAAACCUAGAAAGCCUCUAUCUGCAUGGAAACCCAUGGACCUGUGACUGCCGUUUAAAGUGGUUGUCUGAGUGGAUACAGGGAAACCCAGGUAUAAUAAAAUGCAAGAAGGACAGAAGCUCCUCCAGUCCUCAGCAAUGUCCCCUUUGCAUGAACCCCAGGAUCUCUAAAGGCAGCCCCAUUGCUAUGGUACCACCUGGAGCUUUCCUAUGUACAAAGCCAACCAUUGAUCCAUCACUGAAGUCAAAGAGUCUGGCUAUUCAGGAGGACAAUGGAUCUGCCUCCAUUUCACCUCAAGAUUUCAUAGAACCUUUUGGCUCCUUGUCUUUGAACAUGACAGACCUGUCUGGAAAUAAGGCCAAUAUGAUCUGUAGUAUCCAAAAGCCAUCUAGGACAUUGCCAAUUGCAUUCACUGAGGAAAAUGAUCACAUCAUCCUAAAUAUGUCAUUUUCAACAAAUCUUGUAUGCAGUGUAGAUUAUAAUCACAUCCAGCCACUGUGGCAACUUCUAGCUUUGUACAGUGACUCUCCUCUAAUAUUGGAAAGGAAGUCCCAGCAUACUGAGAUGACACUGGUGUCUUCCAAAUAUAAGCAGGUGGCUCUUAGACCUGAAGACAUUUUUACCAACAUAGAGGCUGAUUUCAGAGCAGAUCCUUUUUGGUUCCAACAAGAAAAAAUUUUCUUGCAGCUGAACAGAAAUGCUACCACACUUAACACAUUACAGAUCCAAUUUUCCACUGAUGCUCAAAUCACUUUACCAAAGGCAGAGAUGAGACUGGUGAAACUCAAAUGGGCCAUGAUUCUGAUGAUGAACAAUACCAAACUGGAACAUACUGUUUUGGCUGGUGGCACUAUUGCCCUGGACUGUCCAGGCAAAGGUGACCCUUCACCUCACUUGGAAUGGCUUCUAGCUGAUGGGAGUAAAGUGAGAGCUCCUUAUGUCAGUGAGGAUGGGCGGAUCCUAGUAGACAAAAAUGGGAAGUUGGAACUCCAGAUGGCUGAUAGCUUUGAUACAGGUCUUUAUCAUUGUAUAAGCACCAAUGAUGCGGAUGCAGAUAUUCUCACGUACAGGAUAAUUGUGGUAGAGCCCUAUGUAGAAAGCAAGCAUGAAAAUAGCGUUCAGCAUACAGUGGUUACAGGUGAGACGCUCGAUCUGCCAUGCCCUUCCACUGGUAUUCCAGAUGCUUCUAUUAGCUGGAUUCUUCCAGGGAACACUAUGUUCUCUCAGUCUUCAAGAGACAGGCAAAUUCUUAACAAUGGGACCUUAAGGAUGUUACAGGUUACACCAAAAGAUCAAGGUCAUUACCGCUGUGUAGCAGCCAACCCAUCAGGGGUUGAUUUUUCCAUUUUUCAAGUUUCAGUCCAAAUGAAAGGCCAAAGGACAGUUGAGCAUGAGAGGGAAAUAGAUGGAUCUGGACUUGGAGAACCCAAUACCACUGUUUUCCUUAAGCAGCCACCAUCUUUGAAACACCCUGCCUCAGCUUUGACAGGGACACAGGCUGGAAAACAAGUCUCUGGUAUACGUAAGAAAAACAAACAUAGAGACUUAAUACAUCGGCGGCGUGGGGAUUCCACACUCCGGAGAUUCAGGGAGCAUAGGAGGCAGCGCCCUCUCUCUGCUCGGAGAAUUGACCCCCAACACUGGGCAGCACUUUUAGAAAAGGCAAAAAAGAAUUCUGUGCCAAGGAAGCAAGAAAAUACCACAGUAAGGCCAGUGCCACUGGCUGUUCCACUUGUGGAACUCACUGGUGAGGAAAGAGAUGCCUCCGGCAUGAUUCCUCCAGAUGAAGAAUUCAUGGUUCUGAAAACUAAGGCUUCUGGUGUUUCAGAAAGGUCACUAUCUGCUGACUCUAGACCAGUAAAUCAUGGCUUUGUAACAACUAUAGCUUCUGGCAUGGAAAUCUCUUCAACCGUGAAUCCACAAACACUACAAUCUGAGCACCUUCCUGAUUUCAAAUUAUUUAAUGUUAUUGACAGUACCUCUGUGUCAAAGAGUAUGAACCCACCUGUAACAAGCAAAAUAGAAGAUACAACAAACCAAAACCCAACUAUCAUCUUUCCAACAGUAGCUGAAAUUCAAGAUUCUGCUGAAGUAGGGAGAACAUCUCCCCAAAGUGCACACCCCGUAGCAGGGGGAACCAUGGCUACCUAUGGCUAUACCAACAUGCCCACUAGCUUCACCAACAAGGCCAGUACAGCCUUGCAAUCAACAAAUCCAACAGAAAGCUAUGAACCUCAGAUACCUAUAACAGGAGUCAGCAGAGCUAGCAGUAGUGACACCUUUUCUCACGAUACUACAGAUCCUAGCUUCUCCAAGCACCCUUCAGAUACACACACCACUGUCCCUUCUUUAUUUAGAAUUCCUAGAAACAACAGUACAGGUAACUUCCCCUUGUCCAGGCACUCGGGAAGAGAGAGGACAAUCUGGAGCAGAGGGCGAGUUAUAAGCCCACAUAGAACCCCAGUUCUCCGUCGGCAUAGACACAGGACAGCAUUCAAGGGACCUGCUAACAGAAAUAUGAGUCAUGUUUCAGCCACAGAGUACCCUAGGAUGUGCAGAACCUGUUCCACAGAGAGGCUCACAGUAGCUACUACAGCACUGUCAGCUCCAGGUUCAUCCCACAGCACCCUCCCCAAAGCUAACAAUGUUGGGGCCAUAGCAGUAGAGUCUACCACUGUGUUCAGGAAACCAUCAUUACUAUUUAAGGACAAACAAAAUGUAGACAUUGAGACAAUAACAACAACUACAAAAUAUUUCAGAGGUGAAAGUACCCACUUGAUUCCCACUGAAGCAAGCAUGACUUCUGCACCAACAUCUGUAUCUCUGGAAAAAACGCUUACAGACAAUAGUGGUCACCUGAGGAUGCCUAGGAUCAUCCAAGCUGGGAAAGAUUCAGUGGUAACAACACCACUUUCCAGUCACCUCAGCAAAUCCUCAAUACCAACAAAAGCAACAAGCACAAAAUUCUCAAAAAGGAAAGUUCCCUGGCACCAGAUCUUUGUAAAUAACCAUAACAAGGAGGGGAUGUCAAAGAAUCUGUAUCAAUUUGGUUUACAAAAGAACAGAGCCACUAAGCUUCCCAAAAGAGCUCCUCUUUUACCCACAGACCACGGCUCCCCUUCACAUUCUACAACUCUCUUGGCAAGUCUGAUGCCAGCUCUGUCUGCAACAAUGGCUGCCAUUCAGCACAAUGGCACUGAAGUACAAGGUACCAGAAGUCUCUCAGCAGGGAAGGAGCAGCCCUUCACCAACUCCUCCCCCGUGCUUCCUAGCACCAUAAGCAAGAGAUCCAGUGCAUUAAGCUUCCUGUCAGUGGGAAUCCCCACAGUGACAACUCCUGCUGCUAUUGCAUCUGUCAUCAUCUCUGAAACUCAACAAGCAAGAUCCAAAGAAGCAAAAGAUCAAAUAAAGGGGCCUCAGGAGAACAGGAAAGAUCCAAACACCACCCCCAGGCAGACUUCUGGCUAUAGCACAUACUCAGCUCCAACAACAGCGGAUACUCCCUUGGCUUCCAGUCAUUCCGCACUACAAGACACUGGUAGAAUUUUAAGUACUCUUGCUUAUCACUCAGCAGCUUCUCUCCUCGGCAUAACUGAGUUGUCCCAGAAGUGCACCCAGACUUUAGGAAAUACAACAGCUUCAGAAACAACUUUGUUGAGCAAAUCACAGGAGACUACCACAGUGAAAAGAACCUCAACCAUAACACCACUCCUCAGCAGUGGGCCGCCCCCAGUGCCCACUCCUUUGCCCCCUCCCUUAACUAAGGGUGUGGCUACAGACAGUGAGGUCACAUCAGUUCUCAAGAUGACAUCAAAUAGAAUGGUCCCCAUAUAUGAAUCUUCAAGGCACAACACUGAUCUGCAGCGACCCUCAACGGAGGCUAGCCCCAAUCCUGAGAUCAUAACUAGAACCCCUGACUUUCCCUCCUCUGAUCUGUUAACCUCCACUGUUAUGCCAGCACCAAGAGUAGAUAAACCACAGAAUUCUAAAUGGAAGCUUUCUCCCUGGCCAGAAAACAAAUUCCAGCUCAAAUCAUAUUCAGAAACCAUUGAAAAGGGCAAAAGACCAGCAAUAAGCAUGUCACCCCAGUUCAGCUUUCCAGAGGCCAGCACUCAUGCCUUACAUUGGAAUGCAGAGGAGCAUGCAGGAAAGAAUGCCGUUGAUAAGAAACCUGCUCAAAACCCAACUUCCAAGCAUCCUCCCUAUGAUUCUCUACCUAAGACUACAUUGAAGAAACCAAAAAUUAUUGGAGGAAAGGCUGCAAGCUUUACUGUUCCAACUAACUCAGAUGCCUUUCUUCCUUGUGAGGCUGUUGGAGAUCCACCGCCCACCAUCCACUGGACCAGAGGCUCAUCAGGACUUGAAACAUCCCAAGGGACACAGAAAAGCCGGUUCCAUGUGCACCCCAAUGGCACCUUGUCCAUCCGGAGGGUCAGUAUUCAGGACCGUGGACAGUACCUGUGCUCUGCAUCGAAUCCACUAGGUAUAGACCACCUUCGUGUCACUUUGUCUGUGGUCUCCUACCCCGCUAGGAUCCUGGAGAGACAUGUCAAGGAGAUCACAGUUCAUUCUGGAAGUACUGUGGAACUGAAGUGCAGAGUAGAAGGUACGCCAAGACCUACAGUUUCCUGGAUACUUGCGAACCAAACAGUGAUCUCAGAAACACCCAAGGGAAGCAGAAAGGUCCGGGUAACACCUGAUGGAACAUUGAUCAUCCAUGAUCUGAGUGUUUUUGAUCGUGGUUUUUACAAGUGUGUAGCCAGCAACCCAUCGGGCCAGGACUCACUGUCGGUUAAGAUACAAGUCAUCACAGCUCCCCCUGUUAUUAUCGAGCAAAAGAGGCAAACCAUCGUUGGGGUUUUAGGUGAAAGUUUGAAACUGCCCUGCACUGCAACAGGAACUCCCCAGCCCAGCGUUCAUUGGGUCCUCUAUGAUGGGACUGAACUAAAACCACUGCAGUUGACUCGUUCCAAGUUUUUCUUGUAUCCAAAUGGGAUUCUGCAUAUAAGAAACAUCAAUCCUUCAGUCAGGGGCACUUACGAAUGCAUUGCCACCAGUUCCUCAGGCUCAGAGAGAAGGGUAGUGAUUCUUACAGUGGAAGAGCGAGAGACAGUCCCCAAGAUAGAAACUGCCUCUCAGAAAUGGACAGAGGUGAAUUUGGGUGAGAAAUUACUACUGAACUGCUCAGCUACUGGGGAUCCAAAACCUACAAUAAUCUGGAAGUUACCAUCCAAAGCUGUCAUCGACCAGUGGCACAGAAUGGGCAACCGAAUCCAUGUCUACCCAAAUGGAUCCUUGGUUAUUGGAUCAGUGACAGAAAAAGAUGGCGGUGACUACUUAUGUGUAGCAAGAAACAAAAUGGGAGAUGACCUGGUCCUGAUGCAUGUCCGCCUAAGACUGACACCUGCCAAAAUUGAACACAAGCAGCAUUUUAAGAAGCAAGUGCUCUAUGGGAAAGACUUCCAAGUCGACUGCAAGGCUUCUGGCUCCCCUGUGCCUGAGGUGUCCUGGAGUUUGCCUGACGGGACAGUGGUCAACAGUGUAGCACAAGCUGGUGACAGCGGCCACAGAACCAAGAGGUACACCCUUUUCCACAAUGGAACCUUGUAUUUCAACAAAGUUGGGAUAGCAGAGGAAGGAGAUUAUAUUUGCUCUGCCCAGAACACCUUAGGAAAAGAUGAAAUGAAAGUCCACCUAACAGUGUUAACAGCCACCCCACGGAUAAGGCAAAGCCACAAGAGCAACAUGAGGAUCAAGGCUGGAGACACAGCUGUCCUUGACUGUGAGGUCACUGGGGAACCCAAGCCAAAUGUAUUCUGGUUGCUGCCUUCCAACAAUGUCAUUUCAUUCUCCAAUGACAAGUACACAUUUCAUGCCAAUAGGACUUUGUCCAUCCAUAAAGUGAAACCACUUGACUCUGGGCAGUAUGUAUGUGUAGCUCAGAAUCCUAGUGGGGAUGACACUAAGACAUACAAACUGGAUAUUGUCGCUAAACCGCCAUUAAUCAAUGGUCUGUACUCAAACAAAACUGUUAUUAAAGCCACAGCCAUUCAGCACUCCAAAAAACACUUCGACUGCAGAGCAGAUGGGAUCCCGUCAUCCCAGAUCACGUGGAUUAUGCCAGACAAUAUUUUCGUCAAGGCUCCAUACUAUGGAAGCAGAAUCACAGUCCAUCAAAAUGGAACUUUGGAAAUUAGGAACAUCAGGCUUUCUGAUUCUGCAGAUUUCACCUGUGUGGUUCGGAAUGAAGGAGGAGAGAGUGUGUUGGUGGUGCAGUUAGAAGUACUGGAAAUGCUGAGAAGACCAACAUUCAGAAACCCGUUCAACGAAAAAGUAGUUGCCCAGGCUGGCAAGUCUGUAGCAUUGAACUGCUCUGUGGAUGGGAAUCCACCACCUCAAAUUAUCUGGAUUUUACCUGAUGGCACACAAUUUGCUAAUAGGCCACAAAAUUCCCCAUACGUGAUGGCAAGCAAUGGUUCUCUCAUCCUUUACAAAGCAACUCGGAGCAAGUCAGGGAAGUAUCGCUGUACAGCAAGAAAUAAGGUUGGCUAUAUCGAGAAACUCAUCCUGUUAGAAAUUGGACAGAAGCCAGUCAUUCUGACAUAUGAACUAGGGAUGGUAAAGACUGCCAGUGGGGAAUCGCUAUCACUGCAUUGUGUGUCUGAUGGAAUCCCUAAGCCAAAUGUCAAAUGGACUACACCAGGUGGCCAUGUAAUUGACAGACCUCAGGUCAAUGGAAAAUACAUAUUGCAUGAAAAUGGCACAUUGGUCAUCAAAGAAACGACAGCUCAUGACAGAGGAAAUUAUAUCUGUAAGGCUGAAAACAAUGUUGGCCAGGCAGUUAUUAGUGUUCCUGUGAUGAUUGUGGCCUACCCUCCCCGAAUUAUAAACUACCCACCCAGGAGCAUGCUCAGGAGGACAGGAGAAGCAAUGCAGCUCCACUGUGUGGCCUUGGGAGUCCCCAAGCCAAAAAUCACCUGGGAGAUACCAGGACACUCCUUGUUCUCAAUGGCAACAGCAAGGAAACCCCACAGAAGUGAGAUGCUUCUCCCACAAGGUACGCUGGUCAUUCAGAAUCUCCAAACCUCAGAUUCUGGAGUCUACAAAUGCAGAGCACAGAACCUACUUGGUACUGAUUAUGCAACAACUUACAUUCAGGUACUCUGACAGGGAGGGAGAAACUAAGAUUGAACAAAAGCCAACAUCUGCAGAGUUUAUUUUUUGGAAGAAGUUUACUCAAAGGCAGCCAUAGGCAUGUAAAUGAAUCUGAAUACAUUUACAGUAUUAAAUUUACAAUGGACAUGCAAUGAGACUUGUAAAUAAAUGCAUUGUGAACUGAUACCGAGUUUCUAUGGAUUUCAAAGCAAACUCUUAACUUAAGGCACUUUGAUUUUGCCAACAAAUAACAACAAACAUUAAGAGAAAAUGAUCCAUUACAAAUUAACAAAUGGCUAAUGCACCUGAAUUUUCAGUACAAAGACCUUUCUCUCGCUAACAGUUGCCAGCUGCCUCGUGUCCACUUUCUACCAGUGUUACAAACAAAGCACACAGAAGGAAUGGAGACAACGGGAAGGAUUGAUUAGGUUUGCAGUCUGUGUUUAUCUCAAUGUACAACGGUUUUGUCACUGGUUUAUAAACAUCUUGAUAAAACCUUCAGAAAACAAGCAUGGGACUGUUUUGAUUAUGAUCAUUAGUUUAUCAUUUGUUCACACCGAAAGUUUUAAUACCUGCAUUAAAAAUGAAACAAAACAAAACAUGCAGGCUAGCUUUUCUACAUGGAAAGGGCAGCUUAAUGCUCACACACUGGGAAGUGCAAAGUGUGUUUCACAUUUGUCCACACCUCUGUUGUCCUGAAAUGCUUUACAGGUACAAUGAAACUUCUUUAUAACUUUAAAACCUAGCUCAGGCACCCAUGGUUUAGAGCCAUUCUUAAGAAAGAUUUUCUAAGGGGGAAAUCCCUCUCCAAGAGUCUAGAUGACUGCUUUUAUAUAAUGAAGUUUCACUGUAUUUAAAUUAUGGAUUUUAUUUUUAUAAUUCACCAUACUAAUAUUACACGUUUAAUUUAACCCAAAUAUAAGUGGGGAUAUCAUAUGAUUGACCUCUUUUAUUCUAAAGGCUUGAAUUUUAUAUGAUAAUUUCUCUGGAUUCUGUCCGAAUUUCAUCUAUUGAUAAAUUGUAAGAGUCUUGUAAAUAAAAAAGCAAAAGACA